CUGGUUGCGGCGCGGGUUCACCCCGGUGGCCGGCGCCGUCGCCCGCUCGGCCCCUCUCGCUGGAGCUGCUUCCCCUGCGCCGGCGCGCCGGCGGGGUUCCGGGCGGCGCCUGGCGGCACCGCUGGCGCAGCCGCAGUAUGCCCCUCGAGCACUCCCAGCUCGACGCGACCAGCGCGCGGGAGCUGCAGCAGUCGCUCGAGGCGUUCAGGGCGGAGUUCGAAGCUCUGCUGGAGGCCCGCAAGCGGGCCCGCCGCAGCGGCCGCCGGCUGCUGGAGUUCGUUCUCCGGUCGGGGGGCCUGGGCCUGGCCGCGUCGGCGGCGGCGCCGCCGCCUUCGCGGAGCGGCGAACCAGCCGUGGCCUCCGCGUCGGAGCAGGAGCCCGCUGCCCCGCCAGCGACGCCAGAGGCUCCCAGCCCGCAGAGCGCAUCGACGGCUCGCCCCGCAGGGGCUGCGGGGCCAGCGGAGGCCCUCCAGCCGGCCACGGUCCCGCGGAGGGUGGGCAUCACAGGCGUCGGCAGGCUCGGCGAGGACUCCCCCCUCGGGAACGGCCGCCGUGGAGAGCGCGCCUUCCUGGAAGAGCUCGGCGGGGAGGAGGUCCUGCGGGACCUGAUCGUGGAAUUCGCGGCGCGCCACGGGCCCAGGGAGCAGGGCAAGGCCACGUCCUCGGGCCGCGGGUUAGGCCUUGGCCUAGGCGUGCCCACUCUUAUACAGAGGGAAGCAGUGCAGGAGCUCUGGGUUGACCAGGCAGGGCAGGACAAUGCGAGCGUCACAUGCCUCUACUUGGUUGGGGCAGACACGGCGUCCUCGCGGCUCGACACCCGCCAGUUCGAAUUGGCCCGCCAGGGUGAUCUGUGGGCAGUGCAGUGCAUGCGGGAGCCCGACGCAAAAACAACGGUAUUGGACGAGUGCGAGAGGUCUGUCGCUUGGUGCAUGUCGCCGCAGACACCACCGAGGCUAGCAUCGGGCAGCGGCUCUCCCGUGCCGCCCGUGGUAGCUAAAGCAGACUUGCGGGAGCCCUGGAAUCCACCAGUCGUCACGGUUACGGCGGCGAAGCCGAGCUUGAAGAGGCCACCUCCGCCUUUGAUGGAGCAUCUUUGCGAGGAGCCAGAGGGCAGGGAGCUGCCGCGCACUGCCGAGGGCAAGGAGGCAGAUGCGGGCGGGCUCGACGAAGCGCUGCGAUUUGGCCUCGCAGUCUCUGAGGCAGCGAGUACGCCAAGGGCAGUCUUUGACAGUUUCGCAACUGGCAAGGUGAUCUCCAGGGUCAGCUUCGCGUUGCUGGUGGCAAGCUACGGCGGCAGAAGUCCUGCGCUGGAAGGCGACGACGGGCCUGCCGGCGACCUCUUCGACCAGCUUGCCGUGCCGACGUCGUACACUUGCGGGAGGGACUCGGGUAUCCCGUACGAGUUGUUCUGCUCGGAGUUGUGCCCAGAGGCCGAGCCGGACACUGUGAGACACGUGUCCAGUAUGAGAGAGGAUUUGCUCAAGAGCUUGAGGCGGACGGCCUCGCAGCUGGGGCAGGACCCGCCGCGGGUCGCGAGGGUGGGGUCCACUGGGCGCCUGGGCGCCAUCCUGGAGCACGACCCGACAGAUGCGACACUGACGUACAAGCUGAGCUUCCCAGAUGGCUCCACCGACUGGUUCGCGCAGGGACGGGCGCAGGCCGUGACGACUGCCGAGGGCGCCGUGCAGGACCGCCGCGGCGGCCUCCCCUUGCAGGAGGCGGACUUCUGGGACCUGGCCUGGAGCAUGCUCGGCGCCCUGUCGGACGGGCCGCCCGACCCUGUGGCAGUGAAGGCGCUCUGGCGUGAGCUCACGCAGGGUGUGCAGCCCCGGCGGAUCGAGCGGAGCGCCUUGCUGCAGCUGCUUGCCGACGAGGGACGCCCAUCGCCAGCCGCCGACGCGGGCGAGCGGGCGCAGGACGGCGAGCUCUCUGCGGAGACGUUGGAGGUGGAGGCGCGGGCCAGGGAGGCGGAGGCCUUGGCUGAUCGGUACGCCCAGGAGCGCGCGCAGAGGAAGGCCGCAGAGAGGGCCGCGGCCGCCGCGGAGGCUGGUCCGCGGCAGCCAGCCCAAGACGAGGGCUGGCUCGUCGAGUCGUUGCGGUCUGGGCUCGCACUCUCUGUUUCGACGGGAACACCGAGAACAGUCUUCGAGACCUUCGCCACUGGCUCCGGCCAGGGCGCACUGAUCUCCAGGGUCAGCUUCGCGUUGCUGGUGGCAAGCUACGGCGGCAGAAGUCCUGCGCUGGAAGGCGACGACGGGCCUGCCGGCGACCUCUUCGACCAGCUUGCCGUGCCGACGUCGUACACUUGCGGGAGGGACUCGGGUAUCCCGUACGAGUUGUUCUGCUCGGAGUUGUGCCCAGAGGCCGAGCCGGACACUGUGAGACACGUGUCCAGUAUGAGAGAGGAUUUGCUCAAGAGCUUGAGGCGGACGGCCUCGCAGCUGGGGCAGGACCCGCCGCGGGUCGCGAGGGUGGGGUCCACUGGGCGCCUGGGCGCCAUCCUGGAGCACGACCCGACAGAUGCGACACUGACGUACAAGCUGAGCUUCCCGGAUGGCUCCACCGACUGGUUCGCGCAGGGACGGGCGCAGGCCGUGACGACUGCCGAGGGCGCCGUGCAGGACCGCCGCGGCGGCCUCCCCUUGCAGGAGGCGGACUUUUGGGACCUGGCCUGGAGCAUGCUCGGCGCCCUGUCGGACGGGCCGCCCAACCCGGUGGCAGUGAAGGCGCUCUGGCGUGAGCUCACGCAGGGUGUGCAGCCCCGGCGGAUCGAGCGGAGCGCCUUGCUGCAGCUGCUUGCCGACGAGGGACGCCCAUCGCCAGCCGCCGACGCGGGCGAGCGGGCGCAGGACGGCGAGCUCUCUGCGGAGACGUUGGAGGUGGAGGCGCGGGCCAGGGAGGCGGAGGCCUUGGCUGAUCGGUACGCCCAGGAGCGCGCGCAGAGGAAGGCCGCAGAGAGGGCCGCGGCCGCCGCGGAGGCUGGUCGAGACGCGGGCGUAGAGCCAGGCUGCCAGGUCGGAGCCGCCACGGCGAGGCCGACGUUAGAUGCAGUGGAGGAUAUAGACGCGUCGCUGCACUCUGGCAUGAGCGAGAGCGCCAUUAUCAUCGAGGACAUACCGACCCCUUUGGCCAAUUUUGGCCUCAGUGUGGAAGACCUCAUAGCUGGCUCCCCGCAGACUCAGCCUGCCGCAACUGCGCCGGCUGUAUUGCCAGCGCGACCAAUGCGCAAGUUGGAGGGCAAGUCCCCGCUGCACCGUCCGAAAGACCUCGGUGCUGUUUUCGAGGACGCCGACGCCGACGGCGACGGCGCGCUGGGUUUAGCGGACUUGCGAAAGUACCUCGGAGAUUUCCUUGGAUACGGCGACGCGGAGAUCGUCGCCUUCCACCAGGCCCAGGGCGGUGCAUCAGGCGUGACCCUGGAGGCAUUCAAGCAGGGCAUUAGGGGGGACCUCAACCCAUACGCCAUGUCGAAGCGCAAGGACUGCGUGCUCUUGCGCAAGCCCGGGGCCUUCGGGGGCAUGAGUGGUGUAGAUUUUCAAGUGGAGGAGUGCAGCGGCUGCACCAUUCUGAUCUGUGAUCGGCAGUUGCGAACUAGGGACUGUGAGAGCUGCACUUUCUACCUCCACUCGCACACCGAGCCUGUGAUCGAGAGUUCGUCCGACUUGUCCUUUGCUCCUUUUGCGGCCGAGUACCCCGGGCUGUCCACGCACUUCCAGCAGGCAGGGUUUGACGCCGGCAGAAACUUCUGGAGCGCCAUCUUCGACUUCACCGGUCGCGCCGACGGCGCGAAUUGGAGCAUACUUCCGCUGGACAAGUGCGAGAAGCUGGUGGUUGCGUUCGAGCGCUGCUCCGACCAGCCCGACGGCCCCGCGCCGGAGCUCACGCAUCAGCUGCUGAUCGCGCCGCCGCCGCGGGCCACCGAGGGACACGGCGACUCGCUGACGGCGAUCCCGCAGACUCGGCCUCCCGCACCGCCUCUGCCUGUGCGCUCUGGGCCACAGAGGCGGCUUGUCUCCGACGACGCCAGCGCAGCGCGCCGGGGCACUCUGGAGCCCCUCGCCGAGCCGCCCGCGCGGCCAGUGCGUAAGUUGGAGGGCAAGUCCCCGCUGCACCGCCCAAAGGACCUCGCGGCUGUUUUUGAGGACGCCGACGCCGACGGCGACGGCGCGCUGGGUUUAGCGGACCUGCGCCAGUACCUCGGAGAUUUCCUUGGAUACGGCGACGCGGAGAUCGUCGCCUUCCACCAGGCCCAGGGCGGAGCAUCAGGCGUGACCAUGGAGGCAUUCAAGCAGGGCAUUAGGGGGGACCUCAACCCAUACUCCAUGUCGAAGCGCAAGGACUGCGUGCUCUUACGCAAGCCCGGGGCCUUCGGGGGCAUGAGCGGUGUAGAUUUCCAAGUGGAGGAGUGCAGCGGCUGCACCAUCCUCAUCUGUGAUCAGACAGGGCAGUUGCGAACUAGGGACUGUGAGAGCUGCACGUUCUACCUCCACUCGCACACCGAGCCUGUGAUCGAGAGUUCGUCCGACUUGUCCUUUGCUCCCUUUGCGGCCGAGUACCCUGGGCUGUCCGCGCACUUCCAGCAGGCAGGGUUUGACGCCAGCAGAAACUUCUGGAGCGCCAUCUUCGACUUCACCGGUCGCGCCGACGGCGCGAAUUGGAGCAUACUUCCGCUGGACAAGUGCGAGAAGCUGGUGGUUGCGUUCGAGCGCUGCUCCGACCAGCCCGACGGCCCCGCGCCGGAGCUCACGCAUCAGCUGCUGAUCGCGCCGCCGCCGCGGGCCACCGAGGGACACGGCAACUCGCUGACGGCGAUCCCGCAGACUCGGCCGCCCGCACCGCCUCUGCCUGUGCGCUCUGGGCCACAGAGGCGGCUUGUCUCCGACGACGCCAGCGCAGCGCGCUGGGGCACUCUGGAGCCCCUCGCCGAGCCGCCCACGCGGCCAGGCGGCGUCGCGUCCAGCGGCAGGGUCAGCCGCAGAACGCGAGCGAGUCCUGCGCAGCCCGGCGUGUCCCGGGCGCGCCUGUCGGCCGCGUCGCCGUGCGGGGGUCAGGAGGGUUUAGAGGGUUUGGGAGGCUUGCAGGACGUCGGCGGGCUGGAACAGCAGGUCGCGCACGGCGGCGACGCACCUGGGCGCCGCAGCGGCGGCCCGAUUCGGGAAGGCGCGGAGCCCAGCCAGGUAGCAGAGCUGGGCAUCGCCAGUGGAGAGGCGGGCUCGAGCCAGGUGGUCGUGUCAUCGCCACUCCUCGGUCUGCUCCGGGCCCAGGCGACGGUGAUUAUCGACGGCCUGAGCCGCAUCGGUGAGGCAGAGCUCCAGGGGGUGCGCGUGGACCGCGCGGGCUGGCAGCCCAGCCAGGGCAGGCCGUCGGCCCAGGUCCGCUUCGAGGAAGGACGGGCGUUCGAGGGGGCGCCCCAGGGAGUUUACUCGGUAGGCCACGAGCGGGAGCUAAGCGCACGCGCGGGGCCACGAGGGCCGGGCUCCGAGUCCCCGCUGGAAGGCAAGCUUGCUGCCAGCAAGGGCACCGCCCGCGGCAAGGAGGCAGCUGGGGCAGCCUGGGAGAAUCUGACCCCCCCCCGCUGGGACCGGCGGGCGGCAGGGCUGGAGGCCUGGCAGGACAGCGAGGCAGUCACCUUCGCAGACCCCACGCUGCUCCGCGGCAUCAGCGCCUCCAAAGUUCUCCGCCGCAAGGGCAGCGUCUUGCGCGACAACAGCGGCAGCGAGACCACCUACGCCAUGUCCAGAAUCGUGGAGCAGAUCGACGUCUUCAUCUCGCACAACUGGUCCACUCCGCAGUCGGUGAAGUUCAGGGUCCUGGCAUUCAGCUUUAACCUGUUGUGGUGCCUAUCUCUCAACCUGGUCAUUGGCCUGAUCUUUAUGACCCUGCAGGCCUUCGGUGUUCUGCCCACGCUGGACAUGACGUACGACAAUGGCGCACAGUACAAGAGCUCACCUUGGAAUGUGCUGGUCGGCACUGGCUUCUUUUUCGUGACCAUCUUUCACUGGCACGAUUUGCGCGCCUUCCUGGGGAUUCCAGGGCCGACACUGUUCCUCGACAAGACGUGCAUCGAUCAGGUGGACGAACAGCGCAAGCGUAGGGGCAUCCAGAGUCUGGCCGCUUUCGUCCGCCACUCGAAAAAGAUGCUAGUGAUCUACAGCGACACCUACCUGCACAAGCUCUGGACAGUCUACGAGCUGGCUUGUUUCAUGACCCUGCAGCCCACGUACAGGCUGCGGGUGGUGCCAGUUAUCCUGGCGGAUGUGAUGGUGAUGGGUAUCAACUUGUUCCUAAUCAUCAUCGUGAUGGACCUGAUUUCGGACAUGAACGCGGUGCACUCAGCGCUUGGGAUCGAGAGCUUCGGUGCGGCAAGCUACGUGGCAACCAGUGCGUUGGUCCUCCCGGCCUGUAUAAUGUUCUGCAGGAUAUGGCGCAAGUGGUUGCACGAGCUGUCACGCAUCCACGAGCAGGCCACGAGCUUUAGCGUCUUUAAAGCUGCGUGCUUCAACGAGGAAGACCGGCCUCUGCUACACAGAAGCAUUGCCAAGUUCAUGAAGGGUAUCGACGCGGUCCCCAAGGACGCGUCCGAGGCGACGGCGCUGGAGGCGUUCGACAAGAAGGUUCACCUCGAGGUGCCGUGGGCGCUGCAAGCGUCGUUGGGCAGGGUGGGCAUCCGCUACAGACACGCGUGCGUAAUCUUUCUGCCGUUCUUCCUCUACCUUAUGGACGGCAUUGGGCUGGCACUCAACCAGGCGGUCCCAGCUCGCAACAUCUUGCUGCAGCUCGUUGGCGGCUUCACCUCAUACUUAGCAGUGUACCCUGCGCUGCUGGCUCUGAUCGCCACGUUCAUGCGGGUAUCGCUGUGGCUGCAGAGGUGCGCGUCCAUCUGGGCCAGCUACGUGGCCACAGCUGUGAUUAUCACCGUGGUGGCGCUCAGCUGGCACGUCGUCGAGGGAAUCCUGCGCGUAUGGGCCGAGCAUAGCACAGCAGGCAUCUGCGCUUUCUUGUCCACCUCCGCUGCGAUCUUCUUGCUGACGGCAUUCAUGUACAGGCCAUUGAUAUGA